UUGACCGGCGCUCACUGUGACCGGCGCUGCCGAGCGGGCUCUGGGCUGCCGGUUAAAGUGCUGCGUGGGUGGACGCGGCAUAUCACACCCUGCCGACCCUCGGCCACCCCAGUGGGGGCAGUAGCUCAUGGGAAUGUGGUCUUGCUCAUAGUGGAGAAGACGACAGACUUCCCGUCUGCUGAGUUCUCUCUGGUGGAGGAUGUGGCUCUGCACUUCACCUGUUUGAUGGACAGGCUGAACGAGCAGAGACUCUUCCAGCCCGACCUGUGCGACGUGGACAUCGUUCUGGUGCGUCAGCGCAGCACCUUCCCGGCCCACAAGGGCGUGCUGGCCGCCUACAGCCCCUUCUUCCACUCCCUGUUUGCCCAGAGCAAGCAGCUGCGCCGCGUGGACCUGUCCCUGGACGCCCUGACCCCGCAGGGCCUGCAGCAGAUCCUCAACUUCAUCUACACCUCCAAGCUGCUGGUGAGCAGCCGCACCGUCUGCGACGUGCUGAACGCCGCCACCCUGCUCCAGAUGGGCGACAUCGCGGCGUCCUGCCGGGACCUCAUCAGCAGCCGCUCGCUGAGGACCGCCUGCUCCGAGAUGGCGAAUCAGGAAGGGCUCGGCUGCGGGGACCCAGCGGCGGGCCGGCCCCCCGCACAGCUGUACCGGGAGAUCAAACAGGAGGCAGAGCUGGGCCGGGUGUUCACCCGGGAGAGCAGCAGCCCCUUCUCCGUCAGAGUGGAGGAGGCGGGCCAGGCCGGUUCUCAGGCGAAGCCGUACUACCAGAAGGAGGAGGGCAAGGGAAGCGGGGCCGCCACCGAGGGGGCCGGCUCGUGCAAAGUGGAGGGCGACGGAGACGAGGCCAAAACGGCCGACGGCCACGCCUCCUUCAACAGGGAUCAGAUCAUCGUCGAAGUCAACCUGAACAACCAAACCCUCAACGUGUCCAAGGGACCGGAGGGGAAGCCGGCCACGACUACAGAGGCCAUGUUCGCCCAGUGCCACGACGAUGAGCAGGACUCGGAGGGCAAUGAGGAGAACGAGGGGGAGAACGUCAACACGGUCGUAGGAGAGGACGAGGAUGGAUUCAAGAGGGCCGACCUACUGGGGCAAAGCAGUGAGGAGGAGGACGAGGACGAGGAGGAGGAAGAAGAUGAAGAGGAAGAGGAAAACACCCUAAACAUUCCGGGCCUGGAGCAGUCUCCCGUGAUGGAGCGACCCCGCCGGGGCGCCCGGGCGUUGGCCAUCGCCAGCAUGACGGCGGCCAUGAGGCAGACGCUGGCCGAGGCCACGCUGGCCAACCGCCGGCCGGGCGGCCGGAGGACGCCGGACGCCGAGGGCCCGGGCCAGAAGGUGCGCCUGGAGGAGAAGCAGCACUUCCCCUGUAAGAAGUGCCCCCGCGUCUUCAACAACCGCUGGUACCUGGAGAAGCACAUGAACGUCACGCACAACCGCAUGCAGAUCUGCAACAACUGCGGGAAGCGCUUCCUGCUGGAGAGCGAGCUGCUGCUGCACCAGCAGACGGACUGUGAGAAGAGCAUCCAGUGCGUGACCUGUGGCAAGGCCUUCAAGAAGCUGUGGUCAUUACAUGAGCAUAACAAGAUUGUCCACGGCUACGCUGAGAAGAAGUUCUCUUGUGAGAUUUGCGAGAAGAAGUUUUACACCAUGGCUCACGUCAGGAAGCACAUGGUCGCCCAUACGAAAGACAUGCCAUUCACCUGUGAGACGUGUGGAAAGUCCUUCAAGCGCAGCAUGUCCCUGAAGGUUCACUCUCUGCAGCACUCGGGGGAGAAACCCUUCAAGUGUGAGAACUGCAGCGAGCGCUUCCAGUACAAAUACCAGCUGCGCUCUCACAUGAGCAUCCACAUCGGACACAAGCAGUUCAUGUGCCAGUGGUGUGGCAAGGACUUCAACAUGAAGCAGUACUUCGAUGAGCACAUGAAGACGCACACUGGAGAGAAGCCGUACAUCUGUGAGAUCUGCGGGAAGAGCUUCACGAGCCGUCCCAACAUGAAGCGCCACCGCCGCACGCACACCGGGGAGAAGCCCUACCCCUGCGAGGUGUGCGGCCAGCGCUUCCGCUUCUCCAACAUGCUCAAAGCGCACCGGGAGAAGUGCUUCCGCCUCAGCGGCCCCGCGGUCGCCGACGGGCCGGACCGGCCCCCGGCCCCCCCCACGGCAGACUCCUCCGGCCAGCUCCAGCUGACCACGCCCGCUGCCGCCUCCAGCCCCCACCCGCCCCACGCCUCCCAGGUGUCCAUCCCUCUGCUGCACCCCAUGGGGCCGCUGCCCCCGGCCUCGCAUUUACCCCCGCCGCCUCCCCUGUUCUCUGCCGGUAGGAUGAACUCCAACAACUAA